ACCAGUCCCAGUCCCACUACGCCCCCCACAACGUCCAUAACCGAAUAGCUUCAACUUCACCUUCGCCACCUUUUGCUUAAUUCAAACAUCUAUUUCCAAACAAAACUUCUUUUUCAAAAAUCCUAAAUCAAAUUUUAAGCAAAAUCACUGUAAAUGAAACUGAAUAUCAAAUCAACGAAGAACCAAAAGAUAAUGGAACCAGAGGCACUACCACUGGCUGCAACGUCGUCCAUAUUCAUAAUUAAGAAACUCCGUUCGAAGCGACCUCGGAAAGGACGUUCUCAGAUCGCUUCUUUUGUUAUCCAAAACCAAACCAUUGAUCUCUCGGUUGAUUCCGGUUCUUGCUCCAACUUCGACGUUAUUGAUGUUUCUUGCGAUUCAUGCAGUGUUUCUAAUCAAAAGAAGAGGAAGUUCGCUGAAAUCAAAGGUGGCUGUGUAGCUAAAGCUAAGAAGAAUUUAGGAAAUGAAGGAAUUGGAGAGUCAAAGUUUAGGAGGAUCACCAGAUCGUAUUACAAGAAGGAGCGAGAAGCCAAAGGACAUGAACAAGCUGCGGAAGUGAGUGAAUCUUCAUGCGUCGAAUCCAAUUCUGGUACUGAUUUUCUUGCCUUUGGGAAACGAAGUUCUAAGUUGAGAAAGCCAAGCCAAGAUUUGCAGAAAACUGAGAAAAACGACGCGGUUUCUCCUUCUCUUGGAGCGGCUACGCAAUCUGACAUUUCCGGCGUCGAGCUGAUUCCUCAUGAAAUCUCAAAACUCUCGUCGGAGAAUAAAGAAAACGACCUCGUUUCUGUGACUUCCGGCUUUGAAUACUCCUCAACGUCGAAUUUAGACACUGCAAUCAAAGAGAAUGUAAAAGACGUCGUGGACGCCAAUUUCACCGUUUCGAACUCGGAGUCCGUUGUGGACCAAAAGCCGAAGAGCUUCUCCGGUUUAGAUUCUUCACAUCUCGCUUGCAAUGAACAGUUCUCAUUGGAAGAAGUCGUACUCGUAUCUGAUUACUCAUCGAGUCACGAGACCGUGUUCUCUGAGUUGCAAUCAGAUUUUUUCCCUGAAACAUCGGAUUUAGAUUUUUCAGAUUAUACUCCUUUACUAUCUUAUGAUUCCGGAAGCCAAUUCUCUGAGAAAUCAACAAAUGAAUCUCCUACUUCAGCCACUUACUCUCUUUUUCUCGAGUUCAAACAACAAUUCUCCAGAUCAUCCUCUCAUUUAGAUCCUAAAUUUACUUCGCACGCUGAAGAUGAGCGUCAACUUAAUUCUACAUUGGCGAGAUUUGAAAAUGAGGAAGACGAGGAGAGUUACAAAAGGUUGAGGGACAGAGAGAGACAACAAGUUUAUUUGCAUGAUUAUGCCGAGGAAUACCGAUUCAUGACUGACUACGGUGAUCUUAUUCUCCAGCAACGUUCUUUCAUGAUCCGCUGGAUUGUUGAGCAAUGUACUGCAAAGGAGUUUCAGCAGGAGACAAUUUUCCUUGGCGUUUGCUUGCUUGACAGAUUCUUAAGCAAAGGGUUCUUCAGAAAUAAAAGGAGUCUUCAGAUCGUUGGAAUAGCCUGCCUUGCAUUGGCCACCAGAAUCGAAGAAAAUCAGCCUUACAACUGUGUGAGGCAAAGGAAUAUUUACAUAGGAACCAACAAGUACAGCAGAAAUGAAGUGGUGGCCAUGGAAUGGCUGGUGAUGGAGGUUCUCAACUUCCAAUGUUUCCUGCCUACCAUAUAUAACUUCUUAUGGUUCUAUCUGAAAGCAGCCAAGGCCGAUGCAGAUGUUGAAAAAAGGGCCAAGUACCUGGCAGUGCUUGCAUUGUCAGACCAUGAACAGCUACGUUAUUGGCCUUCAACUGUUGCCGCUGGGGUCGUCAUCAUGGCUUCCAUGGAUAGCAAUCAACAUGGACUGUACCACCAAGUCAUUGAGAUUCAUAUGAGAACCAAAGACAAUGAUUUGCCUGAAUGCAUGAAGAGCUUGGACUGGUUGGUACAGUAUAUAAGGUAG